AUGGGGUUGUUGGCGCCGUUUCGUGACAACCACCCUGAACGCCGGGCGGGUGUCGAGGAGAAAGCGACCGUGGUGGAGCAGCCCACCCGGUAUAGUUUCUUCACGACCCGCCUAGAAGCGCCCCUCUACGCCGGGAGUACUCACGAGCUCGCCUCGACCUAUACCCCGUUCGAGACCUUGUUGGAUACGGGGGAACACAGUGGUCUGUGGUGGCUCGAUGUGGCAUCUCCGGCGGACGGGGAUAUCGAGAGCCUCUCGCGCGCAUUCGACAUCCACCCGCUGACCACGGAGGAUAUUAAGAUCCGCGAGUCCCGCGAGAAGAUUGAGCUGUUCGGGCCCUAUUACUUCCUCUCGCUGCGGCCGCCGCAGGUGCAGAUGGACACGGCGUCGGGUGUCCGCACCUCGUCGCUCAACGUGUAUGCGUUGGUCUUUCGGGGGGGUGUCAUCACCUUCACCUUUGGUGAUUGUCCCCACCCGGCGCACGUACGCUGUCGCAUCAAGGAGCACCGUAGCCAUUUGGCGCUGACGAGUGACUGGAUCUGCUACGCUCUUAUUGACGAUAUCGUCGACGGCUUUGCCCCCUUUAUCGAUCGCAUCGAAUCCGGAGUGGAAACUAUGGAGGACAGCGUGUCGAUCACGCGUCCCGACGACAUUGGGCUGGCCCUGCAGAAUAUCUACCACUGUCGCAAGGAGGUCACCCGCAUCCGUCAACUGCUGCACGACAAGACGGACGUCAUCCGGUCGUUUGCCCGUCACUGCGACUCUUUUGGGGCCGCGUCGACGCAGGUGGCGCUCUAUCUGAGCGAUAUCCAGGACCACGUCCUCACCAUGAUGGCCAAUCUGGCCAACGCCGAGCAGAUGCUCUCGCGGUCGCAGUCCAAGUACCUGAGCCAGCUGUCGUUCGACUCGACGCGCAUGCGCAACUCGAUCGUGGCGGCGCUCAGUCGGCUGACCGUGGUCGCCUCGUGCAUCGUCCCGAUGCAGUUCAUCACGGGUUUGAUGGGCAUGAACGUCCCAAUUCCGGGGAAAGAUGCGGACGGGUUGAAUUGGUGGCUGGGGAUUCUAGGCUUGAUUUUAGGGUUGAUUGCAGUUUUACUGGUGAUCGCCAAGAAGACCCGAUUCUUAUAA